AUGGGCUCCAGACCCGUGACGUCGGCUCCCAUUCACCUAUCACGCGGCCGUGCAAGCCGCGUGUCACAAGCUCGCCCGGUCGACACGGAGGCGGACGCGGCGGCGGUGACGUCGAGCGCCGUGCCGGCGGCUGGAGCCGGAGCGGAAGCGGGGGCGGGGGCGGGGCCGGAGUACUCGCCGGCGUCCGAAGCGGAGCCCGUGCAAACCAACGAGGAUCCCUGCCUGCGCGCCGGGGGGCUGUGCGUGCUGGAGAGCGAGUGCCCGCCGGGCCAGCUGGCGGCCACGCGCGGCCUUUGCCCCGCGCAGCAGGAGCGCGGCGUCGAGUGCUGCCACGGCCUGUCCAUCCUGGAGCGGCGCUGCAGCGCGCGUGGUGGCAUCUGCCGUCCCAAGCAGAAGUGCGGCCGCGCGCUGUGGGAGGAGACGGCCGAGGACUGCGCCAGCGACGAGACCUGCUGCGUGCUGGUCUCGUGAACGCCCACGCCACUCCACGCCGCUCCACGCCGUUCGCGCCUCGCCGCCGGCUACUCCUUUCUUCCCGGCAGCUCCUUCUCGGUUGACAAAAAGCCUAUACGCUGCUAAUGGUUUUUCUCUUGCUCUUCCGGAGAAACGGAACUUGCGUGACUUCGGGUUUCGGACUUGUUCUCGAAGCGGAUAUCUAGAAGAUAUCUGCCAUGUUUAUUUCAUUUCAGUUCUUGAGGGAUAAACAGCCACAUUUCCAAUUUUGUUGAAAUUGAGUUAAUUACGUAUAAUAGCUUUCUGGUCUGUAUACUUUAAUGUCGUAAGAGAUGUCUCUUCCGACUCGUAAGUAAGUCAACGCUUCAUUGGGCAUUGUUGGUGCAGCAUACAACGGUGUAUAGGUGCAUUAUGCAUAUCUGAUUGUUUUCACCGUGAAACAAUAGUGUUUAAUUUUCAUUUAUUUGAAGCUAGUUGAAGUGGAAUUAUUAUCAUUUUCUCUCAGAUGUUGUUUUUCUGUCAACAUUUGAUUACAUAGGUACUAUUUUGUAUUCGAUAACAUUUAAUUACAUCAGCAGCUUACGUAAAUUGGUUCCGUUGAAGUAAGUACAAGGAGGAAAUAUAUACGUGGGUCAGAAAUUUUUCAGUAGAAACAUUAAGCUCUCCCCAGAAAAAAAUUGUAUCAAAUAACUUUUAGUGAAACUAAUCUCCUUUUUGAAACACUUCGCCACUGAAAUAUAAUUCCGUCCAUUAGUUACCACAUAGUAAUUAUGUACCAACGGAGCAUUUUCACAAAUGAUUUUGAACUAAUUUAGAUAGCAAAUAUUAAUAACAGCAAUUUUUUAAUAAGUUUUACAUCGCACCCAAAAACAAAUUACGGUGCCUAGUAAAUCAUUGUAAGACGCUAGGAAAUCUACGAAUAGGAAGUAAAUAAAGCAACAAUGUCUUUUCUCAAUGAGGAAGGAGCUCCUUCUUGAGUGACUAAUUGUUCCUUUGUCGAACGUUCUUUAUUCAAAAAUUUAAGUUUUUUUAAUUUUUAAUUGUAUAUGCAAAAUAAUUUAUUAAUUCAUUUCUGUGACUAUGGGAAAUAUUUAUUUUCCCGGAUAAGUAUAUCGUUUUUCAUCAGUAAAUAUUUAUUCUGUAUACGUAAUUAAUAUUUACCUCUUUUAUUUGCACUGUUUUUGGUACUUGAAGCUUAAAUUCUUAGUUUCCCCGUAGCCCACCUAGCAUUGUUUGUUGACGUCAUUUAUUCGUGCUGCAGUUGCGUCCUUUGUUUGUAAUUUUAAUAUUUUCUGAUAAAGUAGUUUUUAAACAGUACUUUCUGGGCAACUUUUUAUUACUUCUUAUUUUUUCUUCCAUGGAGUAGCAGGUAGUUGUGUAUUAUUUGUAGGUUGGUAGAGCUAUUUUUGUAGUUUUACAACCAUUUACAACACUAGUUAUUUAUUUCACCCGGCGCAAUGACAUUUUUAGUUAUGCGCUUGAUAUUUGACUUACUGCCAAAUAUAUCAUUUGCACUGAAUUGUUUCCUUGUAUUGUUUGUUUCUGUUAAAUUAUAACAAUAAAAAUAUUGUCG